CAAAUCUGUCCUUUUCCCCGUCGCCUUACUCCAAGGGUCGGGGGUGUGCAUAGGCAGGUAUAAAAUCUAUGCUUAAAACUCUCAAAAUAAAGUUCAUACUUACACUUUCUGGUGUUUACACCUAAUUAACACACUUUUUACCCCUACGGUUAUUAUUUUUAAUUGUACGAACAACGUAACUUGAGCCAAGAUGAUUGACACAGUGACAGGAUCCGGAGCAUUGCCUUUUGCAGUACAAUUGAAGGCUUUAACAGACCUGGAGGGCCGCUAUCAGCCGAAGCUCAGUGGUUUGAGGAUCAUUGAGAGUGCUUCUGACAAUGGCCUCAGGAUGACCAGCAGACUGAGGGAGCUGGAGGUGAAGGACCUACUCACUCUGAGCAGGUUCUUUGGUUUCAGCUCAGAGACUUUCUCUCUGGCAAUCAGCCUGCUCGACCGCUUCCUCGCCGUCAUGAAGAUUCAACCAAAGCACCUGUCCUGCGUGGGUCUAUGCUGCUUUUACCUUGCUGUGAAGUCCUCAGAAGAGAAAAAAAACAUCCCUCUUGCCAACGACCUGAUCCGCAUCAGUCAGAACCGCUUCACGGUGUCUGACAUGAUGCGGAUGGAGAAGAUCAUUAUGGAGAAACUCAAUUGGAAGGUGAAGGCCCCCACUGCGCUCCGUUUCCUCCGCCUUUUUCACAGCUACAUCGAGGGGGAGCUUGGUGCAGAUAGCAAGAAGAUACUGAGCCUUGAGAGACUGGAGGCUCAAUUGAAAGCUUGCCACUGUGCCUUUGUGUUCUCCAAAAUGAAGCCAUCGCUACUUGCCAUGGCUCUCUUGUUUCUUGAGGUAGAGGACCAACAUGACCCAGAGGACAGGGACCAACUCUCCGAGGCUCUCAAAAGUCUGCAGAAGCUACUAACUCAGAUCAGAGAUGGCGAUCUUGUGUGUGUGCGUGAGUUGGUGGGAAAAUGCCUGACUGAAUACGCCACCGCCAAGUGCUCCAGGCCCAACAGCCAGAGACUUCGCUGGACUAUUUCGGGAAGAACCGCACGUCAGCUAAAGCACAGCUACUACAAGAUUACUCACCUUCCCACCAUACCAGAGUCAGCUUGUUAAACUCUAGCUCCCAUGUUGUCGCCUGACGACAUGUGAUUUCAUGCAACUUGUCAGGUGACUGUGCUCACAUUUUUUACUUAAAGAUCCUCAUCUGUGAGAUGGUGUUGUUUAAGUCAAAAUGAUUUUCUCAUGCAAUAACACGUAGUACAUUACCCAGAACUCUUCUGCUCAGUUUUAGUUCCGAGGGUGUGCGAAUGCACAGGUAUGUUCUUGUUUGAAUCCGUACCAUGGUGUUUGGUAUUUUAUGGAAUGGAUUCCUGUUUUUAAGCUAAUAAGUAUUGAACCACCUAGGUCCUCAGUCCACCAUGUGGAAGAGGAGGGAGAAGGAUUUUGAGAAACAAAAAUAUGGAACCAAGAAAUCGGGCCCAAAAUCCUUAACUUCCACCCUAGGUUGCUAAACUGUCUUGAAUGCACACUCCUACCCAAGGUGAUAAUUCUUUUUUGUUCAUAAAGCAAGUUGAAGGUAUUGAUACAAUGGUCAUCAGGGGUUACCGAUGAGUCGUUUUCAUCAUUUGAUAGAUUUAUUGGCACAGUGUGAAGUGCCACGUUCUUCCUGAUUUUCAGUUUGGAAGACAAUGGUACCUUUUGGUCUGAAAAGUGGAGAAAUGAUCUGGAAUUUGCAUUGCAGUUCCUUUUCUGUUUAUUUGUGUUGUAUUACAAGUGUCACUUUAAAUUCCCACCAAAAAUAAUUCAAAAGGACUGAAUACACCAUCUACAUUUUGACUUGUACCUUUCAAUAAAACUUUAUUGAAAAAUGAA